AUGCCUCGUGGUCAGAAGAGUAAGCUCCGUGCCCGUGAGAAGCGCGAGCGUGCCCGUAUUGAAACCCAGGACCUCCAGGGUGCUGAGGCCUCUGCUACCAAGGUCAGCGCAUUGGUGCAGUUCAUGAUUGAGAUGUAUAAAAAUAAACAGCCCAUUAUGAAGACAGAGAUGGAGAAGGUUUUAACAGAAAAGUAUAAGGAGGAAUUCCCUGAGAUCCUGAAGAGAGCCAUGGACCGCAUGGAGGUGGUCUUUGGCCUUGAAUUGAAGGAAAUUAACCCCAACACUUCUUCCUCCAUGAGGCCCACAUCAUCGGCCUCCUCCCACUGCUCCCAGCUGUCCCUGACACGAGUCAGCAUGCCUGCUGCUCAGAGGAGUAUGGCCCAUGCCCGUGAGAACAGUGCCUGGCCCCAGGUGACGAGCUCCCAAACUACUCCUAGUCACAAGGGGCCUGACAGAGUCCCAUCCAUCUCCACUGCCAUUGCUGAUGUAGGUGCCAACAACCAAGAAGAGGGAAGUUUAAAUUCCACUAAGACCUCACCCUCCACUGAGAAGUCUCAAAGAGACCCUGUGAUCUGGAGAACUAGCCUGUUGUUGCAGUUCCUGCUAUAUAAGUACAAAAUGAAAGAGCUCAUUACCAAGACAGAAAUGAUGAAGAUCAUCAACAAAAAGUACAAGGAGCAUUUCCCUCAGAUCCUCAGGAGAGUCUCUGAGCACAUGGACCUUGUCUUUGGUCUUGAGCUGAAGGAAGUUGACCCGAAAGGUCAGUCCUAUGCUCUGGUUAGUCAGUUAAAGAUGACCAAGGAAGAGAAUCUGAGUGGUGGCAGGGGGCUUCCCAAGCAGGGGAUUCUGAUGCCUCUCCUGGGUGUGAUCUAUAUGAACAACCACCGGGCCCCUGAGGAGAAGAUAUGGGAAUUCUUGAAUGCCUUGGGGAUCUAUGAUGGGAAAAGACACUUCAUCUUCGGUGACCCCAGGAAGCUUCUGACCAGAGAUUUGGUGCAGGAAAAGUACCUGGAGUACCGGCAGGUACCUGGCAGUGAUCCUCCGCGCUAUGAGUUCCUGUGGGGGCCCAGAGCCCAUACUGAAGCCAGUAUGAUGAGAGUCAUAGAGUUUUGGACUAAGAUAAAGAAUAUUGAUUCCAGUGCAUUUGAAGCCCUGUAUGAAGCAACUUGGGGAUAUGAGGAAGAGAGAGAGGAAGCCACAGUAUGGUCAGGUCGUAAUGCCAGGGCUAUGGCCCGUUUCAGGGCCAAGUCCAGCAGGUCCUCCCACCCCAAGUGA